AUGGCGACGCUCGGAGAGGAAGACGAUGCAGACCAACUAUCAAAUAAAUUAAUCACUCGAUCAGUUAGCAAUUCAGGUUCAACUUCUGCAAGCAAGAAAGAACUUUAUUGGAAGACUGAGAGAUGUAAUUUAUUGAAUAUUGCCAAGCUUUGUAUCAAACACCUGAUUGAAUCCGCACUUGAGYUGGCRAAAGUUAUAGGCGAAGAUCAUGAACCUUUYCAGCAAUUCUUUGUUGUCAUCGAAAGUGUCUUCAGACAUGGCUURAAAUUGAAGCGCAAUAUACUUGGUCAACGACGUGACUACUGGGGACCCUUGGAAGCUAUAGAUCGYGUUACACCAGACGCACAUGAGAUUGCCACUAGUGUUAGAAACCUUCCCAACAUAAAGACCAAUUAUGGAAAGGGAAGAGCCUGGGUCCGACUUGCUUUAAUGCAGAAGAAACUGGCUGACUAUGUUAGAGACAUGCUGGAAAACAAAGAAUUUAUGGCAGAGUGGUAUGAUGGUCAUGCACUUCUAAUGCAAGAAGAAGGUGUUGUUCUGUCAGGGCUUCUAGUUGGUGUCAAUGUUAUUGACUGUAAUUUUGAUCUAAAAGGCGAUGAUUUAGAUACUUGGUCAGGUGUUCUUGAUCUCAGUCUUUAUCUUAAAGAAGGAAACUACUUGGAGAAAUCUAGCAAUGAAGACAAGUCAACAUCAGGAACAAGCACAGACCUAACAAUACUCAUAGAUCAAAAAACCUACUUGGAAGAAGUCAAUAAAAACCUCAGCUCCAUGGUAGCUGAUUUGCAAGCAAGAGUCAAAUCCUUGCAGCAGAAAAAUCAGGAUAUCAUGAAAGAGUAUGAGGACCAUCAGAAGACAUUUGAGUCUGUUUCCAGUGAAAGAGACAAACUAAAGGAAGAAAAUGCUAAUAUGAAUCAACUAAGUGCCAAGAAAAUCCAGCUUGCCCAGGCUGACAUUGAUAUAGAGAGAGAAACCUAUCAAAAAUCAAGGGAAGGAUUGAACGAUAUUGUUGAUGCUGCUCAAAAGCAACUUGAGCUUGAGAUCCAGCUUAGAAAGGAAACAGAGCGGGAAUUAGAAAUGACGAGGAUGAUGAAGGAAGAGAGUGAGGUAGCUAUGAGACUAUUAGAAAAAGACAUCCAUGACAAACAAGACACUCUGAUAGUACUACGACGUCAGCUGGACGACAUCAAGAAAAUCAACCUAGAUUUACAUGGUAAACUUAAGAUGUGUGAAACAUCCAACAGACAACAUAUGGACAAAUGGUCAGAGUUGGAAGAAAAAUGUGCCAAAUUUGUCAGUAAAAUAAAAGACCAAGAACAUUAUGUAAAGUCAUGUGYUGAGGAGAAGGUGAAGAUGGAGCAUAGAAUUGAAGAGAUUGAAAGCCGAUUAGCCGAUACUGAUAGCAAUAGAUUAGCACUAGAAACAAACCUAAAAAUUGAACGAGAGUGGAGGACAAACCUACAAGAAGAACUCCACAAAGAGAAGGAGAAAACAGGUGCCAUGCAACAAACACUGAACCAGYAUGAAAAUCUUAAAAAGGAAUAUCAAGGACUUUUAGAAAAGCAUUCAGCCUUGAAGAAAGUACAUAGCGACCAAGAAAUGGCUCUGGUAGAAAUGGGUUCCCAUCUCAGCAAUUCACAGCUCAAAGUAGAAGAGAUGAAAGAAGUUACAAAAUCAAUCAAGGAUAUGAAGUGGGCAGAAGACAAAGAGGCUGCAACCUGUCAGUUAUGUGAACAACCAUUUUCUUUGUCACGUCGGAAGCAUCAUUGCCGUAACUGCGGUGGCAUCUACUGUAAYUCAUGCUCUAGUAAUACCAUGCCAUUACCAUCAUCGGCCAAACCAGUGCGCGUUUGUGAUACGUGUCACACUACACUCCUUCAGAGGUACCAAAGAUGACGAUGAUAAGAAUUAAAUGGUUAUUAUUAAUUUCUUAGAGAAGCCAAUUCAUUAGAAUACUUAGUAUCAACUGACACCCCUGGAAAAAGAAAUUCCAGGAAAAAGUAUGAACUUUUUUUGAAUAAGUAAUUAAUUAUUAUACAACUUUACCCUGCUUCAGAGGUACCAAAGGUGACGAUGAURAUAAUUAAAUGGUUAUUAUKAAUUUUUUUUGUCAACCUCUGUGUAGUAACAGACUUGYCAAUAGUCUUCUUCACGGUUCCCUGCGCCAUCUUGAAAGGUAGCCAUGCCUUUACAUUGAAUCGAGACGACCRUUGAGCGUACAACAAUAGAAACCUUCUUUCACACCUACAGACAAUUAUUCACAGGUAUCUAUCAUUGCACCCUCAACGGUUGUCUCGCU